CUCAAUGAUUAGUUUAUGAUAGUCUAUGGUACGCGCAUUGUGCAUGCGUUGACGUUACAACUCAAAGAGAACAUAACUUUUUCACUUUGGUCCGCCAUAUUGCUGUCGCCGCCGUGCGUGCGUCUUAUUGAAUCUUUGAAACCCUUAGUAACGUGUUACGUUGACGUGAAUUAAAUUGUCAAAACAAUGGGAGAUCGCAACAACCCUAUUAAGUUCGGACCUGAGUGGCUUCGCAACUUAUCACGUGAACGAAGCGCAGCAACAUCCUCUUCCAACGGUUCCAAUCCAAACAACAGUAAUCAAAAUGCCGGCAUGAAUUCGGCCAGCGGCACUAGUCCGGGGGCUCCGGGUCCUUCAGGAGGCGGCACAACACCAACCAAUGUAAUGCCAGGCAACACACUCAACAAUACCAGUGCACCAUCAAAAAUCCUCCUCGCGAAACUCCGGGGAUCAUCGUGGCAUACAGGCAAUCCUAGAAUGCCAGGGUAUAGUGGCGGCGCGGACGAAGACUCCACACAGCCGAUAAGAUCCUGGAGUAAUAAUAACACCGGCCCAACUCCAAAUAAUAACAGAAACACCACCGAUCAAGCCGAAUGGCAGGCGACUAAAAUGUUUCGCAAUAAACGACCAGGCUCGAAUACUAAUUGGAGACAGUCUACGCGAGAUGAUGGCGACGAAUGGCGUUCUGACUUAGGAAGAUCUAGACCACAAGAUAAAUGGGAGCGGGAUUGGGGCGAGAGAGCUGCACAAGAUAAACAGUCUUCGUGGAAUUCAAAUCGUCGGACUUGGGGAGGUGAUACGAGCAAUGAAGAGAAUUUACCGGAAUGGGCUCUGGACGGUUCAGAAGCAUGCGGGGGUACAUUUGAUUCAUCUGGUGCAUUUCAUGGAUACAGCAAUGAUGACAGUAACUUGCCUAAGAGUCAGGAAUCUGCGUAUCCCCUGGCGCGAUCUCAUACACAUGGAAGCUGUGUAAGGCAGAAAACAGUGGAAGAAGGCUCCGAGGAAUGGUGGGCAUCUGAGAAAGCAAAAAAGCUGUCCCCAAAGCGAUUUGACGCCGGGGAUAUAAAAUUCAAAAAGACACCUAGUGUGGGCAUUGCCGAAACUGGCAAUAAUGCAUCAACAUCUGCAAGCAAAUCAACUGGAAAUAAAGAUGAACAUCAAGAUAUUCUUCAGAAGGAUCUGGACUCCAACACUGGUUCGUCAACUUCACCACAGCCUUUUUCCAAUAUUCAAGAUAGUCAAAACUUAUCUCAAUCCAAAUUCACAGAGAGUAAGACCUUCGAUGCACUCAUGAGAUCAGAUAUAAAUUUGGAAGAAGCCAGUGAUGAGAGAGGAAAUUUCCAGUCUGUUAUGAUUACACCCAACAACAGCUUGAGACAAAAACAUCAAAAUAUUGUUUCUCCUGUCAACGAGGUUCCCACCAAGCACAACCGUAAGCCUGGGAUAUUGCGGAUACCACGCUCGUCCAGUAAUCCGUCAGCUGAAAUUUCACUGGAAAAGGCGCAUAAGACUCCUGAAGAAAAAAUCGUUGAAGACAUCUUCGACAUGGCCCUGGAAGAUAAAGAAUUAAUGCCAAACUUGCCAAUUUCCACAAACGACUCAUUGUUGAUCCAAUCAAAUGUGUCGAGCACAGCUCUUAUACAGGGGUUGUCCACAAUUUCACAAGUGAGACCUCAAUUAUCACAUCCAAUUCCUAUGGGGCUGGGUAACCCAAUGCUUUCCAAUCAAGGCAUGCCAUUAGGCCAAAGCAAUAUAUCUAACAUCCCAACACAGGGAUUGCCUUCAUCUGGACUUCAAUCCAUGCAACCAGUUGGAAUAACAAAUUCUGCAUUAAAUGCAUCACUUGGGCUGCCAUUGGGUGGAAAUAAUAUGGGGAUACCACUGCAAGGAGUUCCAGCGCCUGUAUUACCCAGUCCGGGAAUGGGAACACCUGGACUAGGUACACCUGGGAUGUGUACCCCUGGAAUGGUUACACCCGGAAUGGGUACUGCUGGAAUGGGAUUAGGAGGAAAUUCAUUACAAGGAGGUAUGGUUGGAAUGCAGGCUAAUUCAUCUGGCAUCCCAGGGUUUCCCUCUGCUGGUCUGGUGGGAAUGUCAACAAAUCCCAAUGUUGGAAACAAUUCGCUAUUUAUGGGACAGAACACAGGAAAUUCAGGACCACCUAAUGACAUCCAGAUGCCGAAUCAUAGCACAAACAGUUACUUUCAACUACACCCACUGCAACACUCUGGGUCCCAAGGCGCAUUUGGAAACUCUAUAUAUAGCAAUAUGAUGCCGCAGAACCCCAUUCAACUGCCGCCCACUGUUCAGAAUUUAAGUGAUCAGUGGUAUUACGAGGACCCAAAGAAAAUAAUACAAGGCCCGUUUUCGUCGAAAGAUAUGUACAACUGGUAUAGAGCUGGUUUCUUCAGUCCGAGUCUUAUGGUGCGUAGGGUAUGCGAUCCUGUAAUGCGGCCUCUAGGCUCUUAUGGGCCAGUCGUGCCGUUCGCUUCACCAAUGGAUAUCAUCCAGUACCCCAUUUCUGGUGGUCCACAUGACAACAUGCUCAAUGCUCAACAGAGCCUCGGCCUAGAUGUUAUGAACAUGCAGAACAUGAACUUGUCUGACAGCAACAGUGUGGAUUCCAUACAAUUUGGAUCAGUCGGAUUGAUGCGCAACCCGCCCUACGGCCAGGCUCCUGUGGUGGACUCUCUAUGGGGCCAGCCGUCCACGUCGACCGAUCUGAUGUGGGUGCAGCACGCCAUGAACUCGCGCAACGAGAACCGCGUCAACAACUUGCCUAUGUUCUUUUGGGACCAGCAGCCGUCCGCCAUCGCUUCAAACUCUCUGCUCCCUGAAGAAAUAGCCAAAGAGAUGAAGACUGAGGAUCAAAUCCUAGCCCAGCUUAGGGCAAAUCAAAAUAUGGAGUCGCAACAAACACUGCCAUUUAUAACUGACCAGGCAGCAAUGGCACCGGCUACAAAUAAGCCCGAUGACAAUUUCGCUCCUGUCGUGAACGCAACACCUAACCUUCAGGAGCUGCAAAAGCUUAUGCCAAAAGAUACGGUAGUGCCGCCCCCCGCGCCGGUAUCUCCGAUUGUCAGCGAUGAAAAAGAAACCCCGGAAGAGCCCAAACCGGAACCACCUAAACCUGUUAAGCCUGAACCAACGCCUGUCGAGACAAAGCCGCAACCCACAGCGGCGAAGUCGGCUGAAAAUAAGUCUAGUAAACAAGCUAAAGGUGACAAUGAAAAGACAGCUAAAAGCAAAGACGCUCCCUCAAAGAGUAAGGGUAAAAAAACUAGAGAUGAGAAAAAAGAUGAAACGGCGGAGCCCAAGAACAAGGAAAAAGAAAAGGAAAAAGAGAAGGAAAAAGAAAAGGAAAAGGACAAAGAAGAAGAUAAAAAGAUGGAGCUAAAGCGUUCAGCGGAACCUUCGCCUUCAAAGAAUAAAAAAGAGGAAAAGUCCAGCAAAAAAGAAUUAGAAAAGGAAAAGAAGGAAUGGAUCAAGGAGGGUUUCACACUAGUUAAAGGUUCGGAAAAAACUGCCACAAAGGAAAGUAAAAAGAAAGCUGAGGAAAUAAAAAUGGCGGAGGAGGCGGAGCGUAAGAGGCGCGAGGAAGAGAAACUAGCAGCUGACGAAGAGAAAAAGAAAAAGCAAGCCGAUAGCAUCAAAAAGCAACAGGAAAUGCAGCUGCAGCAACAGAGACAGGCGGUGGAAUCUGCGAUUAAGAGGGCGCCGUGGUCGGCCGUCAAUAACCAGGCCAUGCAGGCGAUGAACAUGGAUGGCCUCACGCUCGCCGAGAUCCAGCGCCUCGAGAGGGAGAAGAAAGUGGAGCAGAUGAGGGAGCAGCAGCAGAUGAUGCAGAUUAUAGCGCAGCAGCAGGCCGCCGCAUUGGCUAGAGAACAGGAGAUGCAAGCUGGCUUGGGAUGGGCGAAAAAGAAGAAUAUCCCCGCAGCUACUCCAGGACAAAGCUUAGCGGAAAUUCAGGCUGAAGCAAGGAAACAGGCAGCGGUGGCUGCAGCGGCCGCGGCAGCCGUAGCCGCCCAAAUUCUUGAAGAAGCUCAGGCGCCCCCGCCACUGCCUCUCAACAAUACGCCGUGGGGCACCUCUCAUAACGGAGGAAGCGGAGGUGGAUUCUGGGACACCCUACCUAACCACCCGAUAAAGCCUGAAAAGAUUCAAGAGACGCCAAAGCCUACGGAAGCCCCCAAAAACAAGAAGAAGCCACUGCCACAGAAGACUGUCGAGCCUGCUGUUGUCGUACUGGCUAAGAAGGAAGUGUCGCCCGCCGCCGAUUUCGACAACUGGUGCACGAUCGUGCUCUCACCGUGGAGCUCCAAGGUCGAUGUGCCAACCUUCAUUGGUUUCUUAAAGGACCUCGAGUCGCCGUACGAAGUGAAAGAUUACGUCAAAUAUUAUUUAGGUGAAACAAAAGAAUCUAGCGAUUUUUCGCGUCAGUUUCUGGAACGAAGGUCCAAGUUGCUGCGCGUCGGCAUGGUGACGCCCUCUGACGAUCUGUGCUCGCCUGCAAUAGCAGUAAACCCUCGCACUAACUCGGGUUCCGACUACCAAGAAGUAAAAGGCAAAGGAAAAAAAAGCAAAAAGAAUAAGAUGCUGAAGGUGGACUCGCGCAUCCUCGGCUUCUCGGUGACUGCCGCCGAGGACCGCAUCAACGUAGGCGACAUUGACACCGCCUGAGACGAGGAUGACCAUCGUGACUGUCCAUUUUGUGAUUAUUAAACCCAUCGGACAAUUAGCGAACAGUCGUAUUGUGACGUGCCCACGUUAGAAGCCCCUCGGUACUCAGUGAACGCGCCGGCCGCCGCUCGGUGGCAUCCAUCGACGACAGUCGACGUAAAACGCUCUCCUAUUGUCUAUUUACUGUCUAUCUCAAAUAUGGAUUAAUGUAAUUAGAUAAUGAUGGGUUCCCGCCUUGGGGUAACAUUGAUGCGUCAAUUUAAUCAUAACUUUUCUAUACUGUGUAUUCAGCGUUGUGUCGCACAGAUUUGAAACAUAGAUACUUGUAGUCCAUCGAGUACCUGUCCAUUGGAUAGUGCUCAGUCGAGCGGAUAGCGUUCACGCGACGGUACUGGUCGCUAGUGCGUAGUAACUGAACAACAAACGUCGUGCCUUCUGUGAGUGCUUACCGUUGCUGGAUGGUCUUGGAAAGUUUUAUAAACCAUUUUUGAAUGUCUAUGUUUAUAAUAUUAAUGCAUGUUAAUUUAUUGGAAUCAGUAUCUAAACUCGGGUCUGUUUUACUCGUGUAAUGCAUGAAUGUCGUAAUCAAAAUAUUUUAACAGCACUGACACUACACUAGCUCAUGUGCAGUUUUCUAGUCAACUCAGCUUACUUAUAUAUUGUGAUAAUUCACAGCGGAGAUUUUAACGUACAAUUUUGUGUAAUAUUUUAUGUAAUAUAGUAAUACAAUAACACAUUUUCUGCCCACUAUGCACACCCUUCCCCAUUGAUUCAGUGCCAUCUGCGCCACACGCGUCAACAACAUCCUUAAAUAUUAUUACCUUGUGCCAAUAACGCUCAUUGUUAUCCACAUUUACGAGAUCAUGCUUUACGCCAUGUCGCUGACUAUUCUUGGGCGCACAACACGAACGCAAGCACCAGAAGGUACCACAAACAAGCGUAAAGUGUUAUAACUCUAAUGUGCAUUGCGGGCAUAAAGUAAUAGCAAGGCAAACAUUUUAUAUGAAUAAAAUAGCAUUAUAAUUAUAAAUACGCCAGUAUCUUUCGGUGGCACUGAAUAUGUUAAAAUCGUAUGUGUGUAAUGGACAUAAAAUGUAAAAAUUUUAAUACCUGGUAUAUUAUUCUUAUGCAAUAUUUUUUAUCAUAGGUAAAUUUAUUUAUCCCAUGUAUUGCUUAUCUUUAUGAAAUGUAAUGCGUAAUCGCUCAUCUAUAAUAUUUAUAUCAUUUUAAAUGAAUUAAAUUUGUAAUAUUUGCAAUUCUCCUUCAUAUAAUAUCUAAUUUAUUGUGUAUUUUAAGGUAUACCAUUUCAUAUAUUUUUUCAAAAUUUUUCGAGUUAGAACGGCACCAGAAUAAUUUGUGGCUCUUCGAUGCUUUGUGUUAUGCAUCAUAGUCUUAUAAUUUAUUUCUAAAAAAAUCUGCAAAUUAUUGAGUAUUUUCUUUUAAUCCGAUUGUGUUAGUGCGAUUUUAAUAAGUGACAUGGCUGCUAUUUCCUGUAUUACAAUAUAUUUAAGUUUAUUCUAAAGAAAAACGGGUCGGUUGCCUCAGAUCAUGUCAAUCGCCCGGAUUUGUAAACUGUGCAAUGUAUGUCUCGUAAGAUGCGCUGGUAGCGUUCGCGUCACCGUCACACCAAUGAACUAUCUCUUUUUAGAUUAAUGACCAUGUCAUUUUAUUGAUACUCAAAUUAUUUGUUUAUUCUAUGUAUUUGUUAAAAUUUGUGAACUGCUUAUUUUGAUUUACGAGAAAUUAAUGCUGUAUUUCGUGAAAAUGUAUUAGAAUAAACAAUGCAAAGUGCUGUAUACCAAAAACAUAUUUGAUUAAUAGUUUUAAAAAAAUAUACUUAUCGCGAUAGUUACACUUUUUCAGAUCUGUGUCCUUGUAAAAUCCAGUACUAAAUAUUGCAUAAAUGUACUUCAGUGAUAAGAAAUCGAUGUUAUGAAUUAUACUUUACGUGGAAAUUUUUUGCUAAAUAUGUAGUUCAGCAUUUAAGAUGUUUGAAUCCGGUAUUUGUUAAAAUAAACAUUAAAAUAUUUACACUGUGUGCACACCCGUUUAAACGUUCUCUAAAUCCAUUUUCCACUCUUAAGUAAUUAAGGUGUAUAAAUAAAAGAAAUAACCAUUAAUCUUUAGAAAUAUGUGGCCGUCUUUUAAUAGUUAACGACUUACAAAAUACUCCAGUUGUAAAACUUUUUAUCGACGAUUUUUAUCAAACGUGUUUAGUAAAUAAUAUACAUUGAUAAGCAAGUAGUGGAAUUUUCAAGGUACAAAAAUGUUUCUUAUAAAAUGCUCUUGAUUAUUAACAGUAGUAAAUGUUUAAUGACAUUUUGCUCAGAGGUCUCCGUAAAACGCACUCAUCACUUAAUGGUUUUAGUCGCAAAAUACGCUGUUUGUAGGUAUAUAACAUUUGUAAUAUAUAUUUUUAAAUUACCAUAAUUUAGUGCAUCCAUAGGUCCGUAGCUAUAUAAUCGAUGUGUACAAUUAAACCGUUACAAUUUCAAUACAUUCGUUUUGUAGAUCAGCCUCCAGAUGUUGUUUAAUUUUAUUUAAUUACAUUCUAAGGAUUUUAUUAGUGUCUGUAUGUAUAUACAUUUUGUUUUAGCGCCUGUGUUAAUAUUUUGUACAUAAAUUGUGUCGUACUGCUCUUAUUUUUAGUUUUUUUGUCAUAAGGUUCUUCCAGUAGUAAAGUGUACUCGUUAAUUGAUUGAUGAAAACAUAAUUUAAUAUCUGGCGCGGAUCCAGAGAAGUCGAGAGUAUUUUAACAUUGUGUCAGUCAGUUAUGUUAAAGAGCUGUUCGCGACACCUCAGUAGGUAAAUCGUUAAUUAUAACUUUUAUAAACAAGUAUAAUCAGGCACUCGGUGUGGUCUACUAUUGGCCUCCCGUAGCGUAGUGAUGCAAAGGCGCACGCAGAUUCCUCAGUUUAUCGCCGGUUGUAAAGCUCAAGUUUUUAAUAAUUUGUAAUCCAUAGCAUGUAUCUGAUAGUAUUUACUUAUAUUCCUACAAUGAACUAUGUUUUAUUUGCGUUUAAGCUUGUUUACUGUUUUACGCAGCGGAUGUAGGUUCGGAUUGGUUCCGCAUAAGUUAUUAUCUUCAUUAUGACUGCAUUGAACAUGGAUCUUAACUGACUCGCCCACACCGCAGUCCCAAAAUGAUAGCCCAAAGAAAACUGCGCGUGUAAUUAGUAUGCUCUGAUAAUACUUAUACUAUGAGUGGGGUAUGUUAGUUUGCCUUCAGGUGUCUUCAGUGGAUCACUUGUUAUGUAUUUGUAUACUCUAUUAGUAACCUGUACGAAAGCAGAUCCGAUGAAAUUGCGUAUUAAAUGAACCGGUUUAAUUAGAUUUGUAGAUUAUAAUGUCAUUGUAAAUGUUUCGAUAAAUUCUCUUAAUGCCAUAUUUAAUCAGUGUGUACGAGUAAAUUGAUGUAACUACAAUAUAUUUAUAAAAUAUUGAAGAUUGCGUCGUUUAAAUUUGAGUAGUCGACGACGUGUUUUUUUGGCGGUAGUUUGUAAUUCUAAAUGUAUUUUUUACACUUAAUGAUAUUCUAAUGCUAAGAAGUCGUUGUGUGUGUAGACGUAGUAAUUGAUGAAGUAACUAUCCAGUGUUUCGGGGAUCGUGUUUAAGCUAAGCUGAAAUCGGCGUUUCUACAAUUAGGCCGAGUUGUACAAUCUCCUUUGAAUAUCAAAAUUCUUGUAAAAUGAUUUGUUUUAGAAUCGUUAUUUAUAAUAUUUUAAAAACACCUUGUCUCCUACUCUUAUUAACGUUAAUUGUAAGUGGUAUUCGAUUGAAUAAAAUUCAUGAUUAAAUUAUGUAUCGAAAAAUUCUAUCGUGAUGUUGUUUACUUAACUAAUUAUUUUCCUGAGACGAAUUUACGCGUCUCAAUAACGGCUGUACUUGCAAGAUCAUAUGGUAAUUGUUGAUAUCUAAUAGGGCUUAUCAAAUAUCUCCUAUGGUGAUGUAAAUUAUAAUACUAAAAACAAUGAAUUCCUUUAUUAUCCUAUACAAAUUGGCUAAACUUGAGUGUAUAUUUUAGUAUGAAGUCGCACAUAUCAACCCGACACCACAAGGGCGUAGUAUGUUUCAAGAAGUUUAUAAUCAAUUAAAAACCGGACAUCAACAAUCGUCGAUCACAGUCAAAAGUUAGUUGCAGUGUUAAUGGCCUCUCCCGAACAAACAGCGUUGAGUAUUCUUUCCAUACAUUUACGGCGCACGCGUCACAAGUGGGAGUAAUAAAUAGAUUGCAUGUGUCUUUUUGAAAAACAUUUCUUAUGAAAUUAGCCUUUUUCUCGCUGUUUCAAAUUUAUAAAUCACCCAAUUAAUUUUACAUAGGCUCUUUUUUUCUAUUAAUUGAUGCGGCGAAUUGACGCAGUCAUUUUCGGAGACUUUAUUUGAUCAAGGUACGUCCUCCGUCGCCUUCUAGUCGUAUCAUCCAUAUUUGCUCGAUAAAUAUGUUUCAUGAGCGGUCUUUCAUACAUUCCUCACUGUCCAAAAAUCUCAACCAUCCCUAUAGCAUCCUUCUACUUACCAUGUAAUUCUCCAUGUGAUCACCAAUGGUGACCCCACAUAUGCUCCGCGAAGACAAAUUUAACAAAUAAAAGACCAUUAAAAUCAAUCCACCCGUUCUUGAGUUAUAAGUGGUGUAACUAACCCGACUUUGGUCUUAUAAUUAUAGAUUAUCAGAUAACUUCUAUUGGACGAAUACUUUUAAAUAAAUCGCAUUUUGAUAGAGACAAUAUAAAAAUAUUAACAAUUACCAGGAUGAAAGUUUUGUCAAUCUAAGAUUUUGCCCUUGGACAAUUACUGUUACUAUGCAAAGUGCCAACUGAAUUUGUGUCUCGACAUUGUAGUGCCCAAAAUUAUAGUUUGGUAACUUGUCACUCUGUGCCAUGUUAUCGCGUUAAAAGAGUAGAUGAGAUUUUGCGAUUGCGAUGUCGAUUUAGUGUCUGGGUGAUAUGUGUAGCUUCCACUUUAAAUCAAUACAGCCUUUAUUUUACUGAUUUUGCUAUAAAUUGUACUGAACCUGUGAGCUCUUACUCAAGAAGUUAAAAUGUUUUGAUUAAUAUUAUAUGGAUAUGUUUUAAAGACGUGUAAAUAUUAUUUUAGAUCUAUAAAAUAAAAUUAAUUUAUCAUUCA